UUUAUAACGGAACAUCCUGGACAGUAAUGCAUAAUAACAUUCCCAAGCCCUUUUAAUUCAGAAUUUUCCAUUUAUAAAAUGAAAAUUCUCGAGCCUCAAGAAUCGAUUAUUUCGGCAAACACACGAUGAUUGAAAAUUUUCGAUCGUCGCGCCGGUAUCACUCGGUAAAAUGAGACUCCCGGAAUAUUCAUUGAACCAAUUUCUUUAUUAUUAUCUAAAAAUUCUUGGCUUAUGCCCAUUUCAACUCUGCAACAAUAACAUUUUAGUACGCUGCACAGUUUCUACCGCAUAUACCUGCGCACUAAGUGGAUUGUACAUAAUUAUAUUCAUCUUCAUGACAAAAUACAGGUUCGGAGUAAUAUUUUCCUUCGAGACUCCGAUGUUCGUCAUCGCGAAUACCCUCGUCGUAGUCCUCGAAUUCUUCGCGGUGAUGUCUGUGUGGAUGAACGGGAUUUUCUUGCAGCACGUGCUGCGCGAAAUUAUCCGGAACUUUCGACGAAUAUCGAAUUCGUUGAGGCGAUUCGGAUGUCGAGAUAAUCACAAUCUCAAUAUCAGACGGAUGAGUUGUGUCGUGUUAGUGGUGCACGGUGUGUACAUGACCAUGAUAAUUAGUGAUAUGUUCAUUCAUCCGAGUAUCGGAAAUGUUAAUUGGAUUGUGAGAAUUAUUUUUGAUGUUGUGCGCAAACUCAGUCAUAUUUUUACCGCACUUUUCAUCUGCGCGUUGUGGAUUUUGAAGGGAUAUUUGUGCUUUAUUAACGCAUUUAUUCGGCGAUUUUCUGAUUGUCCUGGGGGGUCAAUCAGAAAGGAUAUUAGCAGAAGAAUUUCAUGUUACGGUGGAGAAGUGGUGUAUCUUAGAGCACUUGCCCAAGUACGCAUUGACCUUCAAGAUCUUCUGAAAAUGAUAGAAAAUUUUGUUCGAUCACCCGUUCUGUUCUUCAUGAUCACACAUUUAGUCAACAUAGCCUCAUACUUGUACGUCAUCUGUUUGCAUUUCAACAAAGAAUCAAAUGUGAAGAUAACAAUGACAUUUCUAUUAUUCUUCGGUUGGUUAAUUAUUAAUUCUAUGGAAGUUCUGACGACGAUUCAGGCGGUUACUGCUGUCGUUCUUGAGGGGAAUUGCAGUGGAAAUGUCUUUCACCGAGUGAUUAUCGAAUAUUAUCGGACAGACGUCGUUGAUACUGUGAAAGUCAUAUCCCUGCGAUUCCUUCAGAAGCCAAUGGAAUUUAGUUUAUAUGGAUUCAUGGAUUUAAACCCAUCAUUAUUUUACAAAGUGUCCAGUGCGAUGGCGACUUAUUUUGUUAUAUUGAUGCAACUUGAUAUUCAGAACGGAUCGCAUCAAAUGUAAUCAGUGCAUUAUUGAUCCGGUUUCAUUAAAAAAUAAUCAGUCAAUACGGUCGUUCGAUGGUAUAAACCUAUUUAUUAUUAAAUUUUAUGUUGAUGAAGAACUUGAGAGUGACCCUUCAAUUUUAAUGAUUAUUCGACUGCAUAAAUUAACAGACGCAUAAUAAUAAUGUUCGACAAUUAUUGAAUUAAAAGAAUUAUAUAUGAGGGGGUGCGUUGUCGACUCUUCGUAUUGUUGAAUUUCGGUGAGUUAAAGUGGGCGUGACGACACAGUUAAUAAUUAUUUAACAAAACAAGGGGAGAAAAUAACGAAAUAAUAGAAAGGAUAAUCGAUAAUUUAAGGAGUAAACCCCCAUCGUCAACUCAAUCUCGAUCUUAAGCUCCGACAGAAUUUAAAUUGAAAGCGUAAAUAAUUUAUCCGAUGGCAGGAAAUAAUUAAAUACGAAUUAAUGGUUGAUAAAUAGUUAAUAAUAAUUCUCCAAGAAAGUUCACAAGAUCUCCGAGAACAGGGAAAAUCAUAUCAACAGUAGACUACAGAAUAAAAUAUAAACAUUUAAACUAAAAUAGGAAAACAAUUUCUCGAUGUGUGACACAAUUAAUUAAUAAUUGAUGAAUUUCUUUAUACAAAUAAUUUUUACAUAUAUCAUACAUGAUUAAUAAAUACGAACAGACGACUCUGUUCUUGUUCAACGAAAACAAUAAAAAUUCAAAAGGGAGAAGAAAAAAUUAUGGCAAAGAUUAUCUGGAAUAAUUCAAUAGGUAUAGUUAUCGAUUUAUUUUUAUUAUAAUUAUCUAUCUUUCCUCUUGUUUUUAUCACA